GCGAAAGGGGUUGGUUUCGACAAUCUUCUCUCCCCUGGUUUCCUCCACACUUACCUCACGCCAGGAUUUCAUCGAGAGAGCAAAGGGAAUUCGUUUGCGUAGGAUUCAGGAUGUUGAAUCUCCAUCUCGAAUUUGCCACUUACUGAGGGACGUAAAACCUACUCACUUAUUGAGGAAGCUAUAAAACAUUAACAAGAAAUGGCCUCUUUAACUUCGUCAGUUCCGGUUAUGGAGAAGCAGGUGAUUCUCAGAAGCCAGCUUCAUAAUCCAGGAUCAUGGAAAGUUCCCACACUGCUUCACAGGUCUACCUUCCCCCAGACUCGUCUUAAGAAUCCACCUUUGCUUUGCAGCAAAUUGUUUCCAUGGGAAGCUUCUCCUCCAUAUGCUUCCACAGAUGGCGAUAGCAUCAUCAAAGGUCACAAUAUCAUUGAACCCAUCGAUGCAGAAGAUGCACCAGAAUUUCCGAUUCUUCAAAGCGAAGAAGAUGUCAUUGAGAUGAAAAAUCAGCCAUCAGUGCCACAACAGCCUCUCAAAUGGCCAAUGUGGCUUUUGGGUCCUUCUGUUCUUCUAGUCACUGGCAUGGUGCCCACCUUAUGGUUGCCUCUAUCUUCUGUGUUCCUCGGUCCCAACAUGGCUGGCCUUCUAUCACUGGUGGGACUUGACUGUAUAUUCAACCUGGGUGCAACCUUGUUUCUUCUGAUGGCCGAUGCUUGUGGACGCCCAAAGGGAAUGUCUGUUGCACACAAGAGCCAAGUUCCUUUUACUUACCGGCUGUGGAACUUGGGGGCGGGUCUGUUAGGCUUUAUUCUUCCUUUGCUGAUGCUAUUUGCCUCGCACAAAGGCUCUCUCCAGCCACAAUUGCCAUUCGUCUCGUUCCUUGUGUUACUUGGGCCCUACCUUCUACUUCUAUCCAUCCAGAUGCUGACUGAGAUGCUGACAUGGCACUGGAAAUCACCUGUGUGGUUGGUCACCCCAAUAGUGUACGAGGCUUACAGGGUGCUGCAACUGAUGAGGGGACUGAAAUUGGCUGGCGAGGUUGGUGCACCGGCAUGGAUGGUGGAGAGCAUCCGAGGAUUGGUAUCAUGGUGGGUGUUGAUCCUUGGAAUUCAGCUCAUGAGGGUUGCUUGGUUUGCUGGACUUGCCUCUCAAGCUCAGCAACAAUCUUAAACAAAGAUCAGAUCAUAAAGCAUAACUGGAUACACUCUAAUGAGGAACAAAGAUUAAUCAUUGAAGUUUGUAAACAAAAUGUCAUGUCAUAAAACAAUUUAAUGAGGAAAUCAUAAAGCAUUAUUGGAUACACUUUCACCAG